AUGUCACUCCAAUAUGCUCGGCAGAAGUAUGGAUCCGUGGAAGACCCGACCAAGUCGAGGCGCGCCGUCUCUCCGACGCCAACUGCCCGUGGUGAUGAUGCCGGUGCCGCCGAAAGAGUUUCUUUCGACUUUGAUCCGUCGCGCGCUUUGCGUGGCGAGAGCGCGGACGACCAAGGGGGAGGGAAGCGAUGGUUCACCCUUACGGUCGCCGGGGUGCUAGCCGUGGGAGUCAUGAUGGCCCUCACCCACGCGGGAUACCGGUUGCCCAAGGUCACGAGGACAACAACAGACGUCGGCAGCCAAGGCCACACUCCGAGCCUGAUCCGCGCUGACGAGGCCAAGAUCCUUCCCAGCGAAGACCUUGCAGUGGAGGACGACGAGAAGAAGCAGGUGGCUCGACCGUUCCCGAUAGCCGACGUGUCUCCGCGUGCAGAGGACGAGACACCUCCUGCUGCUGCAGAGGACGGGCAGCUCUCCGGAGAAGAGAUCCCGCGGUUAUCAUUCGAGGCGACCAACUUCUACCAACUGCGUGACGGGAAGCCGGCCCAGGACUACCCGUGGCUCAAGGACGUCAAGCUCAUCGAGCCCCACCGCGAGACGACGUUCACGGUAUCGUCUCCACGGGACGGGUUCGACUACCGCUGGCGGGUGUUCGCCGGAAGCGCGGCAGAGGGAGAACUGUGCACCGAGGCGACAGGGCCGGAGAGUACCGUCGUCCUGACCACGCUCGAUGAGAACGAGGUUGUCCUCGAGGAGGUAGACGCGGAUGGGACGGUCGUACGGCGGCGGCAGGAGAAGGUGAUGGUCAAGUACGUGAGGAGAGAGAUCAGGACUCUCACGGACGAUGAGCGAGAGGAGCUGUUUGACGCGAUGUUCACGCUUUGGUCAGUGAGAGUGGACGGCGGCAACGGGAAGGAGCUCUACGGAGAUGAUUACGCGGACAUUUUCGCGAUCAACCGCCUGCACUACAAGGGAGCGAGCCCAUACGAGUGCGACCACUUCCACGACGGUCUCGGCUUCUUGACCAACCACAUCGUCAUAACCAACACCUUUGAGGCCAGCCUACAGACAGUGAACCCCAAGCUGACUUUGCCGUACUGGGACUUCACGAUCGAGAGCUCUACCGCCGGUACUAAAGGCGAUGGAGGAUAUCAGUCCCAGACCAAGAGCGAACUGUUCCAGGAGUCUUGGUUCGGAACUGCGGACCCUACGGAUGGCCAAGUAAAGGAUGGCCGGUGGGCCUACACCGAGAUCCCGAAGAUGAAGGUCAACGACCCUGGCGCCGUAGAGCCGGACGUGUACAGCAAGCUCCGUGCUCCGUGGAACGUCAACGACCGGCCGUACCUGACCCGCGGCAUGGGCAAGAUGUGCGACGCCAAGGUGGACGAGUGGUACCCUUGGCCCACGUGCGAGACGCACUACGACCUUGCCACCGGCUACAGCGACUUCUACUCGUGGGUCUGGUACUCCCUGUACGACCCCCACGGGCCGGUGCACAUCUGGAUCGGGGGCGUGUUGGACUGCGAGAAGACAUUCGGCGCCAUUGCCGAACUCGUGGGUCCGUCCAUCGCCGAAGACCUGGCGCUGUACUCGUUUAUCCACCGAAAGAACCUGUUCCGAGACGGAAUUUUCUCCUGCGUGGGAAGUGCCACGGUGGUACAGGCGCCGGCGGAAGUGCUAUCCAGCGGCCAGUGCGGCUGCCGGGGGUACGAUCUCACCCAAGGGGAUGACUACGAGUCCAUCUACUACAACAUAGUGGACCUCGAUGAUCUCAUUGGUGAUUUCGACGCGGACGUGAAGCGCCAGGUGGUGGCGGCGCUUUGCACGACUACUAUGAACGACGGGGAUCACUUGCAGGCGAGUUCGUCCCUGGACCCGUCCUUCUACGCUACGCACCCGACCAUGGAGCGGCUGUGGAUGUACGCCGUGCUGACGGGGCAGAUCACGGACUUCACCUGGCCGGACGACGACGUCACCAUCACCAAGCCCGACGGCACUGUCGAGGUCGAGUCGCUCAGCCUCUACGGCGAGACGUGCCAGGGGCACGGCGGUAGCGACGUGUUUCCCUUCGGCAUCCUAGACUCCGAUACGGACGGCUUCGAGGUGAAGACGGGCGUCAAGGGCAUGGAGAACGGGAAUACCCUCACCAACCGAGAGCUCCUCCAGGCCUUCGAUGCCCGUUCCAACUCGGUUUCUUACGUGUACGACACCUUCAAGUGGACCCACUGCGAGGCCGACGGUUUCGACUUCAACGACGCCUGGAACGGGGCAGCACAGGCAAGACCCACGUCAAGCAGCCGCCGACCUUCUUUCAAGCAGGGUGCCCCACGAGCGCCGAUGUACAACAUCUUGGAGGAGAAAAGGGCAGCUCGCGCGGCCAAGAAGGCCACCAAUCUGAUCAAUUGAUCAUUAUUUUGUUUCUCAUCCGGAGGGGGGGGGUUGUAGAUUCGGGGUACGGUAGGCCGGGGGAGGGGGGGGGUUAGGUUAGGAACCCUGCUGCUUGCCGGUUCGUUGCGUCAUCUCUCCGUCUGGUGUGUGCUUGCUUGGUUGAGGUGUUCGUCCAAAGGAUCGCCUUUGGUGGUUUGUCUUUGUCUCUCUGUUAUAUUGAUUGCUUGAUUUACUUCUUUUGGUGUGCACGGGUUGGUGUCGCAUACACACGGUUGCUUUUGGCGACGGUCGAGAGGGAAGGGCAACCUCGCCCUCCCCGUUGGUUCAAUUCUAUCGUCCCCUUCGGUUGUAGGCAACGACGAAACGAGUCUAUCUGUCUAUAUAUUUAUAUAAGCACCUUUUUUUAUUUUUCAGCGUGACGAAUAUCUCCGCAAUUUCGUUUUGCCUCUCAGCGAAAAAAAGAAGCGAGCUGUGGUUACCGGUGGGUAGAUAUUUAGUGUCAACGACGAGUUUAGGUGACUGAUUCAGUCACAACCAAAGGCGUUGUGUUGUUCAUGCAUUUUGAUAGUUUCUAACGUGUUUUCGCGACACCUUUUUUUAAUUUUUCAACGUGACGAAUAUCUCCGCAAUUUCGUUUUGCCUCUCAGCGAAAAAAAGAAGCGAGCUGUGGUUACCGGUGGGUAGAUAUUUAGUGUCAACGACGAGUUUAGGUGACUGAUUCAGUCACAACCAAAGGCGUUGUGUUGUUCAUGCAUUUUGAUAGUUUCUAACGUGUUUUCGCGGCACCUUUUUUUAUUUUUCAACGUGACGAAUAUCUCCGCAAUUUCGUUUUGCCUCUCAGCGAAAAAAAGAAGCGAGCUGUGGUUACCGGUGGGUAGAUAUUUAGUGUCAACGACGAGUUUAGGUGACUGAUUCAGUCACAACCAAAGGCGUUGUGUUGUUCAUGCAUUUUGAUAGUUUCUAACGUGUUUUCGCGGCGCCACUCACUGUGUUUUGUGACAAGGAAGUGUUGAAGCGCUUUGCACUAGUAAGCAUGCAGGUAUUCUGUUGCCCGUCGCAUGAUGGUUGUUGAUGUAUAGCUUGUGCCAUUGGAUAUCCCUGGGUGUCCCCGUGGAAGUAGCAGUUUUGAGCUUGUGUGUUGCCGACUGAGUCCUGUCAGCGUUCAAUGUUGCCCCGGAGGGUCACAAGAGAGGGGGGGUACGGCUGCCCGCCGUUACCGGGCGGAGACAAACAAUCAAUGCGGCGGUGAUCGUGC